CCGCCCCUCCGAGGCCCGAGAGGGGCGGAGCCGCUCCUCCGCCUCGGUCUGCAGCUCCGCCGCGGCCCAGAAGCGGUCCGCUUCAGGUCCAGUUCACACGAACCAGAACCUUCUCUGCUUGUCCAUCUGCGGUCAUGUCCAACUCAGAGCGGGUCGCGUUGGUUCUGGGAGGAGCGGGAACGGUGGGCUCUGGUAUAGUCAAAGCCCUGCUGGAUAAAGGGUUCAAGGCGGCGGUGAUCUCCAGAGACGGCGGCCGAUUGGAGAGACUCGGUUCCUUCGUCUCUCCCAGCAGCAAGGACAACCUCAUCGCUGUGGUGGGAAACGUGGGCUCAGAGGACGGAGCGCAGCAAGCGAAGCAGCAGCUGCUGCAGCAGGUGGGGAAGGUGACAGACGUGGUUUCUGCCCUGGGCUUCAGCUGGUGGCAGGGCGGCCCGCCACACACGCAGACCCUCCAGGACCUGCACUGGGUUUUGGACGCGCUGCUGUUCAGCACCUUCGUCUCUUGGAAGACGUUCUUCCCCCUGGUGAGGGACGAUCCGUCCUGCAGCUACACCUUCAUCACAGGGGGAGCCGGAGAGCAGCUGCUGAUGCCGGGGACCGGCUUCCUGACGGUCGGCGCCGCCAGCGCGCUGGCCUUCUGCCAGGUGCUGCGAGACGAAUACCCGCAGGUAGACUGCAGGCUGUGCCAGGUGAAGAUCAACACAGGUGUGGCGACUCCGGAGCGCCUGGCGCCUGGCUACCUGAACCAUCUGGACCUGGGCGUUGCCGUGGCAACCUUGGUGGAGCGCGGAAGCUCCUCCCACCGCGUGUUCACCGUCGGCAGUCCUGCAGACCUGAAGACGCAGCUGCUGGAUGGGAACCUCUAGAACCCAACAGAACCGGUUCUGGUUCCGUCCAGAUUCAGGCUAAAAGAAUUUCUGUAAACAGAACCGAAAAUUUUCUGUCCAAAACAUUAAAACAUGUUGAAAAGAAAAACCCUGAGGAAUUCUGGGAGAUUUUUUAACAAACUGAGUUCUGGAGAAAAGUUCUGACCGCAGAUCCAAGUUCUGACAGUCUGGUUCUGGUUCUGGUUGCGCCUGCUGACUGAUUGCCUGUGGCAGGUUGCCGUGGUGACCCAGGCUGACGAGUUUCCGGCUGACAGCCGACCGGACGCAGCGAAGCGGCAGGAAAUCGUGUCACUUCGGGUCGCGGCGUCUUUCUGACGAGUCCUAGCGGACCGGCCAGUGGAGACGAGGAGGACGGGACUC